AUGACAUCCCUUCAGCAGUCAGAUGAUGCAACUGCAGCUUCAUCUUCCAUAACCAACACCAUCGUGCCGGUUCCAAAGUAUGAUUCAAAGAUUCAGAGCGUGACAUAUGUUCAAGGUCCGGACAAAAUCCAACCACUUUCUAGAGAAGUUGCCGAGAAGAAGUUAAUAGACGUGGGUCCAAAUAUUAUUAUUACGAAUAAACCUUUAAAAUGCGGGGCAACUCAAGAUUUCAAUACCAUGACUUUUCUUUUUGUCAUGAUCCUUUUGUCUGUUGGACUUCGUUUUAGCCAAGAAUACAAAAGUGGUGUCGCUGCGCAAAAACUUAAGUCAAUGGUUAGUAACAAGGUGACAGUGAUUCGUCUCUAUGGACCCCCUGAUGAACGUGAUCCAACCUUUCAAGAUUUGGAAAUGAUGGAUCGUGGUGAGGUGGUUGAAGUUGAGAUUCCAUUAGAAGAAAUCGUGCCUGGUGACUGGAUAAAAUUGUCUGCCGGGGAUCUUAUUCCCGGCGACGUGCAACUUCUAUCUUCUAAGGAUCUCUUUGUUUCUCAGGCUUCGUUGACUGGUGAGGCCAUUCCAGUUGAAAAAUAUGCCACCCAACAGCAAAUUACCAUAGUUUGUGAUAAAUCCGAUGGAGAACAAAAGGUCAAUGAAUCUGAAAUUGAACGACCUGACCUUUGUUUCAUGGGCACGUCUGUCGUUAGUGGUACUGCUACUGCUGUUGUAUUAAAAACUGGUAGUUCGACAUUCUUUGGACUCAUGGCAAAGUCUCUUUCCAAUCAGCGUUCCAUCAAUGCAUUUCAAUCUGGAAUUAGGCGCGUAAGUAUAAUGUUUGUUCUCAUAAUGGUUUCAAUGAUCCCUCCAGUCUUGCUUCUUCAAGGCUUUUUAAAUCAUGAUUGGUGGGGAGCUUUGUUAUUUGCCAUCUCCGUUGGUGUCGGUCUCACUCCUGAAAUGCUGCCAAUGAUUGUUAAUGCUAAUUUAGCACGUGGCGCUAUGGCUUUAUCAAAGAGAAAAUGUAUCGUUAAAAAACUUGACUCUAUUAUUAAUCUUGGUGGAAUGGAUAUUUUGUGUACUGAUAAAACUGGUACACUGACUUGUAACAAGGUUACUCUUAUAAAACACGUAAACUUCCAUGGGACCCCAUGCCAAUUUCCUUUGCGUUUGAGCUAUCUUAACAGUUUUUUCCAAACUGGACUCAAGAAUCUCAUGGACGUUUCCAUUAUUGAAUUUUUUGAGAAUGAAUAUGAAAAUGACGAAUCGCUGAAUAAAGAUAAGAUUACCAAAGUGUUUCUCAAGGUUGAUGAAAUCCCUUUUGACUUUGUAAGAAGACGCAUGUCAGUUAUUUUAGAAACCGAUUGGAAUCCCGAUUACAAAUUUCUGAUCUCUAAGGGAGCUGUUGAUGAGAUGUUGGCCUGUUGUGAAAAUGUCUAUUUGGGACAAAAUGAUGAUGUCAACACGAGCAAUAAUAACGACCUGGAUAAUUUCUUUCCCACCUCAAAUAUUACGCAAAUUACCCCUGAAAUCUUAGCAUCUAUUCAUGAUUUAACUGAGAAACUUAACAAUGAUGGUCUCCGAGUUAUUGCUGUUGCAUACAAAUGCAUGAAGGAAUAUGUUGAACCAUUCAGCGUUGCUCAGGAGACGGGAUUGACUUUGAUGGGUUUCUGCGCAUUCCUUGAUCCUCCCAAGCCAAGUGCCAAGCCCGCUCUUCAAGAGCUUUUCAAUUAUAACGUUUGCGUCAAAGUUCUCACUGGCGAUUCGCCAACUGUUUGUCAAAAGGUAUGCCAAGAGAUAGAUCUUCCUGUGACAGCCGUUGUCACAAAUACAGACCUUGAAGGUCUUGAUGAAGCUCAAAUGGAGGAGAUCGCUGAAAAUACCACGAUAUUUGCAAAAUUGACCCCGUUACAAAAGGCUGAGAUUGUAAAGGCCCUAAAACGACGUGGCCAUAUUGUUGGUUUUCUUGGAGAUGGGAUUAAUGACGCUCCUGCUAUUCGAGAAAGUGACUGUGGUAUCAGUGUAGAUGAAGGAACAGAUAUUGCAAAAGAGUCAGCUGACAUUAUAUUAUUAGAGAAAAGCCUUAUGGUUCUCGCGGAUGGAGUCAUUAGAGGAAGAAUCACCUUUGGGAACACCAUCAAAUACAUAAAAAUGGCUGUGUCCUCCAAUUUCGGUAAUGUGUUUAGUAUUUUGGUCGCUUCAGCAUGGCUUCCUUACCUUCCGAUGCUGCCCAUUCAAGUUAUCGCACAAAACUUUUUAUAUGAUGUAUCCCAGAUUGCAAUUCCUUGGGAUAAAAUGGAUCCCGACUUUCUAAUUCAUCCAAAAAAAUGGAAAGCUACGAGUAUCUUAAAAUUCAUGGUGUGCAUUGGUCCAUGGAGUAGUAUUUUUGAUAUUACAACCUUUCUUUUUAUGUGGUAUUACUAUGAUUGUCGGGAUGCAACAGAUUAUCAUCAAGCUCUCUUUCAUACCGCGUGGUUCGUUGAAGGCCUGUGUACUCAGACCCUAAUUGUGCAUAUAAUUCGAACCCAUAAGGUACCAUGGAUCCAAUCUACAGCCUCUUUACCCGUCCUUCUAGGUACUUUCUCGAUAAUUGCUAUAGGCAUUGCUAUACCAUUCUCUCCGGUGAACAAUGUUUUGUCCAUGGUCAACCUUCCAGGCUUGUAUUUCGUGUACCUUGCGCUUGCUCUAGCUUGUUAUUGGUUGUUUACAAGUUUUGCAAAGAGAAUGUAUAUUUACUUUUUCAAAGAAUGGUUGUGA